AUGGUGAGCGAGUCCCCGGAGCCGGGCGCCGCGGCCGUCUGGCGGCGCAGGGACGAGGCGCUGAGCGUGAACGUGGGCGGCGUGCGGCGGCGGCUGAGCGCGCGCGCCCUGGCGCGCUUCCCGGGCACGCGGCUGGGCCGCCUGCAGGCCGCGGCGUCCGAGGAGCAGGCGAGGCGCCUGUGCGACGACUACGACGCGGCCGCCCGCGAGUUCUACUUCGACCGGCACCCGGGCUUCUUCCUGGGGCUGCUGCACUUCUACCGCACCGGCCGCCUGCACGUGCUGGACGAGCUGUGCGUGUUCGCCUUCGGCCAGGAGGCCGAGUACUGGGGCCUGGGCGAGGGCGCGCUGGCCGCGUGCUGCCGCGCGCGCUACCAGGAGCGGCGGGUGGCGCGGCCGCGCGCCUGGGACGAGGACAGCGACGCGCCGAGCAGCGUGGACCCGAACCCGGGCGAGAUCUCCGACGUGCAGCGCGAGCUGGCGCGCUACGGCGCGGCGCGCUGCGGCCGCCUGCGCCGCCGCCUCUGGCUCACCAUGGAGAACCCGGGCUACUCGCUGCCCAGCAAGCUCUUCAGCUGCGUGUCCAUCGGCGUGGUGCUCGCCUCCAUCGCCGCCAUGUGCAUCCACAGCCUGCCCGAGUACCAGGCCCGCGAGGCGGCCGCGGCCGUGGCGGCGGUGGCGGCGGGCCGCAGCCCGGAGGCCGUGCGCGACGACCCGGUGCUGCGGCGCCUGGAGUACUUCUGCAUCGCCUGGUUCAGCUUCGAGGUGUCCUCGCGCCUCCUGCUGGCGCCCAGCCCGCGCAACUUCUUCUGCCACCCGCUCAACCUCAUCGACAUCGUGUCCGUGCUGCCCUUCUACCUCACGCUGAUGGCCGGCGCGGCGCUCGGCGACCAGGGGGGCGCGGGCGGCGAGGAUCUGGGUGACCUGGGCAAGGUGGUGCAGGUGUUCCGCCUCAUGCGCAUCUUCCGCGUGCUCAAGCUGGCGCGCCACUCCACCGGCCUGCGCUCCCUGGGCGCCACCCUCAAGCACAGCUACCGUGAGGUGGGCAUCUUACUGCUGUAUCUGGCCGUGGGCGUGUCGGUGUUCUCUGGAGUGGCCUACACAGCCGAGAAGGAGGAGGACGUGGGCUUCGACACCAUCCCAGCCUGCUGGUGGUGGGGCACGGUGAGCAUGACCACCGUGGGCUAUGGGGACGUGGUGCCCGUGACGGUGGCCGGCAAGCUGGCGGCCUCAGGCUGCAUCCUCGGGGGCAUCCUGGUGGUGGCGCUCCCCAUCACCAUCAUCUUCAAUAAGUUCUCCCACUUCUACCGGCGCCAGAAGGCUCUGGAAGCCGCUGUGCGCAACAGCGGCCACCAGGAGUUUGAAGACCUGCUGAGCAGCGUGGAUGGGGUGUCGGAGGGGUCUCUGGAGACAUCCCGAGAGACCUCCCAGGAGGGAAGGUCUGCAGACCUGGAGGCCCAGGCCCUCCGUGAGCCUCCAAACUCUAAGAUUUAUUAA